AUGGCUAUUUUACCACCUGCAAAUUUAUGCAGCGUCGAGGAUUAUAAGCGCAAGUAUUUGUACGGAUCUGCAGUUGCUUGCUUUCUCCUGUUAUCCUAUGUCUUCACGACAUACGGAAAGUUCGUUUACAUGAAGGAAUCUAUGACGGUCACCGGAUUCCUGAUUGAUAUUGGAUCGGAUUUAACAUUGAUCAUGGCCAACCUCAUCUCUAUCGUGGGUAUCAACUUGAUGAACGGAAGUACCGUCUGCAUAUUUUUAACUAACAUGAAGAAAAUAGACUGCGAGUUCCAGUAUCUACCCAGUGAUUGUAAGCAUUCCAACAUGAGGUUUGUAAUGGAAAUGAUACUAAUACAUAUCUAUAUGAUCAUCUUUAUUGCGUAUAACGUAUACACGUGGGUGAGCUCCUUGGGAUGGGAUACGUACAUAUACUUCUGCCUCAGAGACUUCCAGAACUAUUACAUCAUCGUGUUGGCAAUACUCAUGAGGAAUUACGCAUACGCCAUCAAAUAUAGGAUGGAAGUAUUGAAUGGGAUUUUAACGAGAAGAGAAUGGACGCAGAGUGACAAGAUUUGCAUCGCAGAUUAUUCAGGAUGCGUCUCAGCUAAUUUAAAGACAAAACCCCAUUGGACUUUGAAGAAGAUCAUCAAGCAGUUCACGAAUUUGACGAAUCUGAUUGAUAUGUAUAACACGAUCUUCGGUUGGCAAUUCGUUAGUCUUUACGUAGUUAUCGUGAUAAACCUCUUGCUUCCUAUAAACUUAGCCUUGAUCUAUGGAUCAGGAGACAAGGAUAUAAAUGGAUUUAAAUAUGGAUCUGAACUGGUUGCUCUUUGCAUAAUGUGGGCAUCUUUACCAAUUAUCACAGCUAUUGCCAUUUUCUCAGCUUGUAAUCAUGCAACUGAAAAGAUAAGGCAUACUUCAGUGAUAGCCUACAACCUUAUCCAAGAGCUUGGAGAAGCUCCCAAUGAUAUGAAUUACAAGCAGGAAUUGCAAGAACUGGCGGAAUUGGCUACCAAUAAAUGUCCAUCAUUCUCAGCAGCUGGAUUUUACACGGUUAAUUACAGCGUUUUGUUUGGUUUAGUUGGAUCCAUCACUUCAUAUCUGAUUGUCCUAAUUCAAUUUAAUAAAUAA